CCGGUGUCAAAUCAUUCGUUUCGCAUCCCUCGGUCCAAGUGGUACAAGCUAUAAAAAUUAUAUUCAUUAUUAGCAGUGUAUAUUAUUAGCUACGCCCGUCUUUUUUUCGCGUCCAACUGACGAGAUAAACGGACGACUUGAUACUAUACUAUCAUCGACAACUCAUCGGCAGCUACCUCGUAAAAAAAUGGCAUCUUGCAAGUUGACGUUUUGUUUCGCACUUCUCAUUGUGUCAGUCUUUGCCGAAAAGGAUGCACCGAAAACGGCCGCCGAAAACGAGAGGGUGAAGAAAGCUGCAGUAAUCCCACCACCUGCUUCAGUUGCGGCCGCGUACGGAUACUAUGGCAGUCCUUAUGGCAGUUUGUACGGCAGCCCUUAUAACACCCUAUACGGCAGCCCUUACGGUCAAGGUUACGGCCAAGCUUACGGCCAAGCUUACGGUUACCCGUACGGAUCGCACCAGGGAAAGUACGAUGAUGGCAAGUACCACCAUCACGCGGCUAAGUACGAUGAUGGCAAGUACCACCAUCACGCGGCUAAGUACGACGACGGCAAGUACCACGCUGGAAAGUACGACAAGGCGACGGUGGCCACAGCAUUGUACAGCAAGCCGUAUUCAACCGGACACGACGGGUACAACUACGGCUACAACGGUUACAACGGCUACAACGGUUACAACGGUUACAACGGUUACAACGGUUACACCGGUUACAACAACGGAUACAACUAUGGUUACAAUGGUGGAUAUCCGUACUCUCACUAUCCAUACAACAACCAAUACUACAACCACCAUCAAGCAUCGUACCCUUACGUCUACUAGGCCGACCACUUCAACCGGACGAUUUUGUUUGACAGUUUAUUUUCUUCGAUCCCACAAAACACUAUUGUUACCACGCAAAAUAAUAAUAUACUCUUAUAACGAUCAUUAUAACGAUUAUUCUGCAGUAUACGAUUCGUUUUAUAAAUGUAAUAGAGUUUAUUUUAAUAUAAUUAUAAUAUUAUUAUACUCAAUGAUGAUAUUACGUAGGUAUUAUGUCAAAACUUGGAUUAUGUAUUCCGUCAGAUUUUAACGCGAAUAAACAAUUUAGACACUAA